AUGUUUAGCUAUACGUUUUCAGAAAGAACCGAUUUUCAGUCAGUUGCCAGUUUCCCACAUUUCAGACUUUGGGCUAGAAUGAACACUACAGGAACUAGCCUGUUUGCGAAGAUGUUCAAAACUCAUCUACAGGUAAUGAGGAGAACUCGAGAAUGUGAAAAGAUACUCGAGGCUGCUGUGAGAGCUCUCCACAUGAUAAACACCGUAACUCCCGCAGGUUUAACAGAUAAUGGACAUCGACCAUCAGUAAAUACUCCAUCAGUAAAUACAUUGCUUCAUCUUCGCCAUUAUCAUGGUUUUUUGCCAGAUUUUAGUGGCCACGAUCGCGAAAAACCUGGCCAAUACAGGAAACAGGAAGUAGAUUCACAGACGCCUCAUCAGACACUGAAAUAUCAUGUAGCAAGUAUACAAAAUGAUUUCGUCAGAAAUCGUGAAACAUUGAUAUAUACCGAGACAGGCGGUUUAGAGAAACUGCAGCUGAGGAAAUAUAAUGAAUCAGACAGACUUUAUGUGCCAUAUAGACACCACACAACAGGUGGACUUCACGAAUUGGACUCGUCACAAAUAUUUAAUCAAAAGCGUAAUGGGAAUAAUAGAAAUCACCAGAGUGGGGCACAGCAUGAUUCAGACAGACACCACAUGUCAAGCAGACAUCACAGGUUAGACCGACAUCGCAAAUUAAGCAUACAGCACAGUUUAGAUGGACAUAACAAAUCAAAUAUACAUAAGAAUUUAGACCGAAAUAACAAAUCAGACAUACAUCACUAUUCAGACAGACAGCACAGAAUAGACAGACAUCCGAGGUUAGAAAAAUACCCUAUGUUAAAGAGACAUAAACGAAGGCACAGACACAGUUCAAAGACCAGUGACGAAUCACAAACGCACAUCCAAACAGACCCACAUAAAGGGUCACACAGACAUCACCUAAUCGGGAGAAAUGAUGAUAUAGACAUACAUCAACAAACAGCAAAUUUAUCGUUGCUGCAGUUGACAGCCAACACGAGUAACAAUUUGAGUACAAGUCACAGAGAAGCCAGAGCUGUUUGGGAAAGAGACGCCCAUGCAGCAGAGAGACAUGUGGUGGAGCACCACGGUUUUCAUGGCAGGUCCAAGAGGGAUCUCCUCACUGGCUGGAUGAUCUUUCCUGGGACUAAGUGGUGCGGCGAUGGAGACAUAUCGGAGCACAAGCGAGACAUGGGCUACCACUCGGAGCUGGACACAUGCUGUCGGCGACACGACCUCUGCCCACUGGUCAUUCCCCGGCUGAGCUGGAAGUAUGGCAUCUUCAACUACAGGCUCCACACACUGUCGCACUGCCGGUGUGACCGCAAGUUGAGGAAAUGUCUGCAGGCCUCAUCAUCUCCUUUGGCACAUCUGAUUGGUCAGAUUUACUUCAACGUGAUUGGUCCAGAGUGCUUUAAGUUCACACAGCGAGCCACAUGUGGCCAACGGCUGUGGUGGGGUGGAUGUCAGGAGUGGGUGACCAGUGAGGUUGCUUACUCGAAGAGACAGCGCCGAUUUAAAUAA